UUGGAGCAGCAGCGGUGAACACACGUCGGCUGCUGGAAAGAACUGGAUUCUCGCUUCAGGUCAUCAUCAGAAAAGCUAAGUUUGCUACACAAUAAGGAUCAGGAGAUCUGACCCUGGUUGCAGAACCAUUCCUGUUUGCAGAAUACAGGGUUGUAUUCUCACUUCAUCCUUCCAGACCAUCCUAGGAGAUCUCUAAGAUUCCAUCUGGGAAAUUACUAGGAGUCCUUGGAAGGGAAAGAAGGAAGAUUGUUGGUUGGAAUAAAAACAGGGUUGAAUGAGUUCCAGAAAGCAGACUUCUCAAACUCGUGGACAACAAUCUGCUGAAGAAGACAACUUUAAGAAGCCAACUCGAGGCAACAUGCAGAGAAGCAAGAUGAGGGGAGCUGCCUCCGGAAAGAAGUCAGCUGGUUCCCAGCCAAAGAAUCUUGAACCAGCCCUCCCAGGGAGAUGGGGCGGUCGCUCUGCUGAGAACCCCCCUUCUGGUUCUGUGCGGAAGACACGCAAGAACAAGCAGAAAGCUCCUGGUAACGGCGAUGGCGGCAGCACCAGUGAAAUGCCCCAGCCCCCACGUAAGAAGAGGGCACGGGCUGACCCCACUGUGGAGAGUGAGGAGGCAUUUAAGAAUAGAAUGGAGGUGAAAGUGAAGAUUCCUGAAGAAUUAAAACCAUGGCUGGUGGAGGACUGGGACUUGGUUACUCGGCAGAAGCAGUUGUUCCAGCUCCCUGCUAAAAAGAAUGUGGAUGCCAUUCUUGAGGAGUAUGCCAAUUGUAAGAGAUCGCAGGGAAAUGUUGAUAAUAAGGAAUAUGCAGUGAAUGAGGUGGUGGGAGGGAUAAAGGAGUACUUCAAUGUGAUGCUGGGCACUCAGCUGCUCUACAAGUUUGAGAGGCCUCAGUAUGCUGAGAUCCUUCUGGCUCACCCCGAUGCGCCAAUGUCGCAGAUCUAUGGGGCACCACACCUACUGAGAUUAUUUGUGAGAAUUGGGGCAAUGUUGGCUUAUACGCCCCUUGAUGAGAAAAGCCUUGCAUUACUGUUGGGCUAUUUGCAUGAUUUCCUUAAGUAUCUGGCAAAGAAUUCUGCCUCUCUCUUUACUGCCAGUGAUUACAAAGUGGCUUCUGCUGAGUAUCAUCGCAAAGCCCUGUGAAGGUCUGCUGACCGCUCACUAUUGUCUGGUAUCUGU